UUUCCUUUCAAAAGUCCAUAUCACAACACAGUAGGCAGCUGCUGAAGAAAUUAUUGACCGUUUCAAGCUUCUCAUCCUUUGUUUCCUGUUUGCCUUGUGAAGAUAAAACAAAGGAAAAACGACCCCCUUCAAAUUCUUUGAGAUCUGGGCAUUAUUAUAAUCUCGGUGAGAAUUCGGAUUGUUGCACCGAGGAAAAGACAAGAUGGGGAAGAAAGGAAAAUGGCUGUCUUAUCUGAAGAAGGCCUUUAGCCCAGAAAUCAAGGAGAAGAAAACUCAGAGAUCCAAAGAACAGCUUUUGGAGAAGCAGGUGGAUUUCGGUCCUUGUGAUUCCGAUGCAGCCGCUUUAGAAACUGUCAAGUUGUCCCCUCCUCACCCUGAAGAGUUGAAAGCGAUCAAAGCCGAGGCAGAACCGAACGAGCAACCUUACCCCGUGGCAGUUGCCCCUGUUGCCGAUGAUGUUGCACCGGAUGCUCCGGCUCAGGCAGUUAGGAAUGUUGGUCGUCAACUUGAUACGGGCUAUAGGUUUGCUGGAAAAUCGAAUGAGGAAGUUGCAGCAAUAAGAAUUCAAACCGCUUUCCGAGGUUACCUUGCAAAAAGGGCAUUGCGUGCUUUAAGAGGACUGGUCCGGCUGAAAUCAAUGUUGGAAGGGCCUGUUGUUAAACGUCAAGCAGCCGCUACCCUUCGGUGUAUGCAAACUCUUUCUCGCGUGCAGUGUCAGAUUCGAAUGAGGAGAAUCCGGAUGACGGAAGAAAAUCAGGCUCUUCAAAGGCAACUCUUACAGAAACAUGCAAAAGAUAUUGUGAACUUGCAGAUGGGGGAGAACUGGGAUGAUAGCCUGCAGUCAAAGGAACAAAUCGAGGCAAGCUUAUUGAGCAGGCACGAGGCUGCGAUGAGACGAGAAAAGGCCAUGGCUUAUUCGUUUACGCAUCAGCAAACCUGGAAGAAUGCUUCGAAAUCCAUGAAUCCGCUGUUUAUGGAUCCGAACAAUCCAUCCUGGGGUUGGAGCUGGUUGGAACGUUGGAUGGCAGCUCGGCCAUGGGAUGGCUGUGGCAUGGCUGAAAAAGAGCAGAACAAUGACCAGUCUUCGGUGAAGAGUGGACGCAGCAGCUUCGGAGGAGAAAUCAGCAAAGCUUAUGCUCGUUACCAACUCAAUUUGGAUAAGCAAUCCCCAAAGGCCAGCCAAAAGCCGAGCCAAAAAACGAGUCUGCAAUCCCCUUCUACUCCCAAGCCACCUUCCACGCCUUCCCGAAAACUUAAGUCAGCAAGCCCCAGGAUCAGUGCGGUCGGUCCAGAUGAUGACACAAGAAGCAUGGUGAGCGUGCAGUCCCAAAAAAGCCGGAGGCACAGCACUGAAGGUUCAUUCGUACGAGACGACGAGAGCCUAGCAAGCUCCCCAUCACUUCCGAGUUACAUGGUACCAACUCAAUCCGCAAGAGCUAAGACCAGGUUGCAAAGUCCGUUGGGACUCGAAGUGAAUGGAACACCACCUGAGAAAGGACCAAUCGUGUCUACCAAGAAACGGCUUUCUUAUCCACCAUCACCCGCCAAGCCAAGGCGGCUCUCCGCUCCUCCAAAAGUCGACAGCGGCAGUGCUACUAACACAGAAGUUGCUGUGGCGAAUGGAGAUGGCAGUUAGGUAAUAUCUAAAUCAAAAGGAUGUGAAGCAAAACAAAGACUAUAGGGCUAUGGGAAUUCCAAGGAUAAAAAAAACAUGCAGCAAAGUUGAAUUAUAAACAUUCGAUUCUGAAUCUUUAAGUUCAUUGUCUUGUUAUUGUUUA